AUGUCUGAGACUAUGGACUUCCUACCAACCGGCAAUAACGGACCACCGAAUCCAAGACAUGUAGCUUUUGACGAUUUCGACUCCGACUUGAAAGACUAUGAUGAUUUCGUCCGUAUGAAUCCAGUCUCGGAAGAGAAGAAGAAGCACCCAGAAAAGCAACGCUCUUACAUCCCACCCACUCGCUUCGCUCAAGCAUACAAAUCGAUCUUCAUCCAGAAGCCUGAGAGCGAAAAAGUGAAAGAUAUCGUCCCCUAUGUCAACUGCAGCUAUCUCUCCACGACGAGCAAGAUCCCAACGCUGUUGGAGCUCAAGCAACAUGCGCAGUCGCUGGUUAUACUCAUCAAGAGCAUCACCAUGGCUGAACAGGGCGGCUUGAUCGACAACGAGAAUUCGGGAAUCAUGGGCGCGCAUCCUUUCUCUGACGGAUUAACUUUCGACUUUCUGAAUAAUCUCAGAGAGCCGUAUGCUGGACCCAAGAAUCCUGCUCUGAUGGCAGCGCAUCAGAAACAGCUCACCAGUCUGGCGAAUGUCAUUACAUCGGGAUGGCAGCCGAUGCCAGAGCACAAAGAUCAGUAUGGUAAUAUUUCACCACCUGCGAAUACGGUCAUCAUCCAAGAUGUAUGCCCGCUACAUCAUGUCGAGGAUUCUGUGGACAAUACGACGUACGGACAGCCGUACGCUACUCAUCAAGCAUUGAUCGCCCACGCAAACGAGGUCCUAGAGAUGAUCGAUCAUGAGUACUCUGCUGUCGGUGGCUUGUUGGGCAUCUUACCCAAGGUCGAACAGAAAGAGCAGCGUGCCAAAGCCGAAAGUACGCUUCUCGGACAGCUCAUCCUUUAUGUGACACGACUUGUGCAGCGAAUCCACGAUCUCGAACGACUGUACGCCAACGCUUUGGACUGUCUUGCCACAGAGUCUGUAGUUCCUCACCAAGCACUCAGUGCGCUUGGCCCAGAUGGCAGAAAGCCAAGAGAGAUAGUUUAUCCGCAAGAUCGCUUCGUGCUCGUCAACGCUGGGGACAGCGUCUGGGAGUACCUCAACAGUGAGUUUGAGUACCGGGAGGAAAUAGAUGGGCGUGUUGCAGCCAAUUACAAGAAGCACGGCCUUGCAGGCGAAGCAAUCUGGGAGCAGCGAGGAGGGAAAGAGAUGUCGAGGGGCAUCACGGCCAUUGAUAUAACCACCAGGUACUAUCGACUCCGAGGUGAUCCACUUAAGACCAUCUUCGUCAUUCCCGCUCAUAGCGAGCACCCUGGCACGAAAGUCACUCGUAAAAUGGAGAACGAGCCUACCGUCGUGGCGGUCGUGAAGCCCGUCUGGCCGGAGCGAAUUAGCGAGUGGGAAAAGAAACAUAGAGCCGAGUUGGAAGAGCUCAAGGUGCUCCGAAACCAGUUCAGGGCGUCUCAAUCAGAAGUCGAGCAAGCGAGGCACCGUGUCACGGUUAUGGACGGGAUUCAUGACCAGCUGAAGAAGAGAAACGCAUUUCUUGAGACUGCCUUGAUAACCGAGCCGCACGUCCACACAGCUCAGCUUUUGGAAGCGUCCGAGAAACUGCAAGCGGACAGGGAGGAACUAGACACUGAGCGAGCUAGAUUGAAGGAGGUCCUUGACAGCAAUGCUAGAGAAUGGACAGAAAUCGACGAGAUACGUAAUAAGCUUGAUGAAGAAAGAGCCCAAUUCUACCAGGAGCAGCAAGAGAAGAAGCAGAAGAAUGACGAGGCCGCUGCAGCAAGAAUUGAGAAACUGGAAAUCAUGGACGCCGAGCGAGCAACCGCAGCUCAGGAACUCGCGGACAAGCUUGCCACUGAAUGGCGAGAGGAGUUGAAGAAAGUUCUGGAUUUGAAGAGACUCCUCGAGAGAUACCAGGUCGCUAUCAAUUUAGAUGCUCUCAUUCCGACGGGAACGACGAAGGAGCGACAGAAGACGAUCGAUGACCUUGUCGCAAGUGAUGAGAGAAUAGAGGCUGCAAAGCAAAAAAUUCAGAGGCUGAGUGACGAGGCAAAGAAGAAGGCAGAUGAUGGCGAUGCUGCUAUGGGAGGGAUUUGA